AUGAACCACCUGCAUGACUCGAUGGAGCCGAGAGUGAUGGACGAUGACAUGCUCAAGCUGGCUGUAGGGGAGCAGGGCCCCCGGGAGGAGGCUGGGCAGCUGGCCAAGCAGGAGGGCAUCCUCUUCAAAGACGUCCUGUCCCUGCGGCUGGACUUCCAGAACAUCCUCCGCAUAGACAACCUCUGGCAGUUUGAGAACUUGAGGAAGCUGCAGCUGGACAAUAACAUCAUUGAGAGGAUCGAGGGCCUGGAGAACCUCAUACACCUGGUUUGGUUGGAUCUGUCCUUCAACAACAUUGAGGCCAUCGAGGGGCUGGACACGCUGGUGAACCUGGAGGACCUGAGCUUGUUCAACAACCGGAUCUCCAAGAUUGACUCUCUGGAUGCCCUUGUCAAGCUGCAAGUGUUGUCACUGGGCAACAACCAGAUCAGCAACAUGAUGAAUAUCAUCUACCUGCGGCAGUUCAAGUGCCUGCGGACGCUCAGCCUCUCUGGGAACCCCAUGGCUGAGGCAGAGGAUUACAAGAUGUUCAUCUGUGCCUACCUUCCUGACCUCGUGUACCUGGACUUCCGGCGCAUCGAUGACCACAUGAAGGAGCUGGCAAAGAUGAAGCACCAGUACAGCAUUGAUGAGCUGAAGCACCGGGAGGACCUGUUGCAGGUCCAGCUGGAGGACAAGCAGGCCCGACGGGAGGAGCUGGAGGCUCACAAGAGUGCGUUCAUCGAGCACCUGAAUGGCUCCUUCCUGUUUGACAGCAUGUGCGCUGAGGACGUGGAGGGCAGCAAGCUGUCCCACCUGCCUGGUGUCAGCGAGCUCCUUGAGGCCUACAAAGACAAAUUUGUCAUCAUCUGCCUGAACAUUUUUGAGUAUGGCCUGAAACAGCAGGAGAAGCGGAAAACAGAGCUUGACACCUUAAAUGAGUGCAUCCAUGAGGCCAUCCAGGAAAACCAAGAGCAGGGCAAACAGAAGAUUGCCAAAUUUGAGGAGAAGCACCUGCUGAAUUUAAGUGCUAUUCGAGAGGAGUCCGAACUGCCCAACAUUGAGAAGAAGAUCAGAGAGUGCAGCGAAGACAUCACUGAGCUGUCCAACACGCUCAUGAUGCUGGAGAUGCAGUUGGUGGAGCAGCUGGAGGAGACUAUAAACAUGUUUGAAAGGAACAUCAUUGACUUGGUGGGGCUCCUUAUUGAAAAUGUCCAAAGCCUGAUGGCGCAGUGCAGGGACCUGGAGAAUCACUACCACGAGAAGCUCCUGGAGAUCUCCAUCAACACCCUCGAGAAGAUCGCCAAGGGCGAGCUCGAAGAGGACCUGCCUGACGACGUGCGCGCGCUUUUUGUUGACAAAGACACGAUUGUUAAUGCUGUCGGGGCAUCACAUGACAUCCACCUGCUGAAGAUUGACAACCGAGAAGAUGAGCUGGUGACCAGGAUCAACUCUUGGUGUACACAUUUAGUAGACAAGAUCCACAACGAUGAGAUCAUGAGGAACCGCAAGCGGGUGAAGGAGAUCAGUCAAUACAUCGACCACAUACAGAGCGAACUGGACAAUCUGGAAUGUGGCGAUAUCAUUGAUUAGUGUGGAUAAGCCACAGCACCCCCUUCACAGCACAGCACAGCCCACCAGGAGGACGGUGCAUACACACCUCCCGCCGCCUAGGACAGCUACUGGGAGUUUCUCAGCCCCCCACCCCCCUAACACUACUCUUCCCCCACCC